GGCCACAGGGUUGCAUUGAGUACCUGCUGCUCGCCACGGAAAUAACCUGCCGCAAUCGAGAGAGAGCGCCAGAUCUAUCAGGCGUCCAUGGCGAAGAGUGCCGACUUCCCCGCUGGCACCGACGACGGCGGAUCGGCGUCGGGCCCAAAUGAGGGCGGCGAGGGCCACGGCGACAUCGAGGCUGGCGGCACGGCGACCGCACCGGCGAUGGCGAGGCCAAGGGGUCAGCGCCUGGCCUCGCUCGACGUCUUCAGGGGCAUCACCGUCGUGCUUAUGAUCGUUGUGGAUGAUGUUGGUGGCCUUCUCCCUGCCAUCAGCCACUCACCGUGGGACGGCGUGACGCUUGCAGAUUUUGUGUUCCCCUUCUUCCUCUUCAUUGUUGGAGUCUCCUUGGCCUUUGCAUACAAGAGAGUGCCGGACAGAGCGCUGGCAACCAAGAAGGCUGCGAUCCGGACUUCAAAGCUCUUCCUUCUAGGCCUAGUACUGCAAGGUGGCUUCUUUCACAGCAUCCACGAUCUUACUUAUGGAGUUGAUAUUCACAAGAUACGGUUAAUGGGCAUACUUCAGAGAAUUGCAAUAGCAUACUUAACGGUAGCACUUUGCGAAAUAUGGCUACGAGGUGGUGCAAGUGAUGACAUUGGAGCCGGUGGCUCUAAGUUGAUAAGAAGAUAUCGGCAUCAGCUGUUUGUGGGUUUGGUUCUCAUGGUCACCUACACAGCGCUUUUGUAUGGCAUGUAUGUGCCAGACUGGGAAUUUGCAGUCACAUCUCAAGACACCACUUUGAAGCACUUUAUGGUGAAAUGUGGAGUCAGGGGCGAUACCGGACCAGGAUGCAAUGCCGUGGGCAUGAUUGAUCGACAUGUCCUUGGAAUCCAACAUCUCUACACACGCCCCGUUUACCUCAGGACAGCGCAAUGCAGCAUCAACUCCCCACGAAAUGGGCCGCUUCCCUCAAACUCUCCCACAUGGUGUGAAGCUCCCUUUGAUCCCGAAGGCCUCCUCAGUUCGCUGAUGGCAACUGUGACCUGCUUGAUCGGCCUCCAAAUUGGGCAUGUCAUUGUGCACUUCAAGGAGCAUGGCGAGAGAUUAGUGCAGUGUUCGAUUACAUCUCUAAGCUUGCUGAUUCUUGGCUUCUUGCUUGACUUGUUUGGCUUGCGCUUGAACAAGUCGUUGUAUAGUCUGAGCUACACCUGCGUCACCACGGGCACCGCAGGUCUCUUCUUCGCAGGAAUCUAUUUGCUGGUGGAUGUUUAUAGUUACAAGAAGCUGCUUUUUCUUAUGGAGUGGGUGGGAAAGCAUGCCCUCAUGAUUUUUGUUCUAGUGGCAUGCAACAUUGCCCCAAUCCUGGUACAUGGCUUCUAUUGGAGGGAACCACAGAACAACCUCUUGAAAUUUAUCGGAAUAGGAGGCUGAUGAAUGCAUUCCUUCUCGACGACUUUUAUGAUUUUGGGAUAACAAUAACACGUCAUACAGUAACAAUUUUAAUUUCGAACAGCAGUCAGCGCUAGCCAGAUGCAGAUGCUGCACAACAUGCCUGUAGCAGGAGCAUGUCUUAGAUUUGAGAGCCCCAUGCUAAGAUUAGAAUAGGCCCAUACCGUCAGACCUGGGAUCACAGGAUACAUGACGUGGUACGGAUCUAUACGGAAUAAGGGAUGGAGCAUGUCCUAUGCCCUGACGUUAUGUAAAGUACUUGUAUACGAGUAUGACUAGUAGUACUCGGGAAGAACUCUUAGGCUAAUACCGCGGUUUUCAUGUAACUCUAUUCCCCCAGGCUAUAUAAGGGCGGACAUGGACCCCUCCAAACAAUCUACAACCCUCAAGCAAUACAAACCACCAAGCAGGACGUAGAGUGUUAAGCAACUUGCGGCCUGAACCUAUAUAAACCUUAUGUUGUUUGCAUCA